AUGGUGAAGCGAGCAGCGAACGAGCGCAGCGAAAACAAAAACAAGCGCAGUAAACCAAGCUUUAACAAGGCUGAAGAAGCUCCUGCUAAAAGGAAGGCGCCAAUUACAGGCUCAGCUCCAGUCAAGGACGACAGCGACGACCAAGACGAGGAGGAGGAAGAGGAUGGAUAUGAGGAAGUUCCAGCUGCGUCUGAAGGAGAGGAGGAUGAAGAAAUGGACCGUGAAGAGCCUUUACCAGACGCUGACAAGGCUGCCAGCAAUAAAAAAAUGCACGCAGAGUCAAAGGAGAAGGCUGCAAUGAGAAAAGCGCACAAGCCACACUCAGAAAUCGUCGCACAGGCUAAAGUUCAUUGGGAAAUGGUCAGGCAGAGCAAGAAUUUAACAAAAGAAGAGCGCAAGAAGCACCUUGAUUCUCUGGUUGAUGUGGUUACUGGUCAUGUAAAGGAUGUCAUCUUUAAACACGACGCUAGCCGCAUUAUCCAGUCUAUCGUAAAGCACGGUGGUCGCAAGGAGAGGGAAUUGGUAGCACAUGAACUAGAAGGAAGCUACUUAAAGCUAGCACAAGACAAAUACGCUAAUUUCCUUCUCACUAAGCUCAUCAGAUACUGCCCUACAUUCAGACCAAAGAUUCUUGCUUCCUUCCACGGUAACGUCCCCAAGCUAUUACUCCACAAGUACGCAUCUGGCGUGAUUGAGGAUGCUUUCGCUCUCUACGCUAAUGCAGUAGAUCGUCAAGCUCUCGUUCGUGAUUUCUACGGCAAAGAGUUCUCACUCUUCAACGAUGACGAAAGCAAGAAAGGUAAAGUUCUUAAGGAUCUUCUCACAGAACAAAACCAAUCUAAGCGUGAAAUGAUGAUGGAUAACGUGCGCAACACUCUGCAAUCCAUUUUCGAGCACUCAGACAAAGGUGCAGUGUCUCAUUCCAUCGUUCAUAGAGCACUAUGGGAAUACAUGAGUGCAUUAGACCUGGUUUACGACCAAGUUGAAGCCGACAAGAAGCGCAAGUCUUUGCUGGAAGAUUGCAAUGAAGUCCUUCCAGAAAUAGUACACACAAGAGAUGGAUCGAGAGCUGUUAGAGAGUUUAUUGCAACAACAUCAGCAAAAGAACGUAAAAUGAUACUUAGAAUCAUGAGACCACACAUAGGAAAGAUGGCUACGGAUGAUCAAGCUCAAUUUGUGCUCUUCACCGCAUUAGAUGCUGUAGACGAUACCAAAGCAUUGAGCCAGUCUAUUAUUUCUCCAAUAACGAAAGCUGCUGAAGAAAUUGCAUUCGAUAAAAAUGGCAGGAGAUCAUUACAUUACCUCACCACACCAAGAUCAACGAAACAUUUCACACCGGCAUUCAUCGCCACAAUUGCAGAGACAGAUGAAGCGUUGAAGAAGACUUCCAAGAAGGAUUUCAACACUAGAAGAGGUGAAAUUAUCAAAGCAUCGAGUGGUGAUCUAUUGAAGGUCGUUGAGGAGUUGCCAAGAAAGUUGAUCAUGGAUGCUGGUGGUAGUUUGAUCUUGACUGACAUAAUGCUCUACACUAUAGGAGAUAAAAGUAGAGCAUUGGAUGCAUUAGCUGGGUUGAUUGAAACCAGCAACGACGUCUUGGAUUUCACCCCUGCUUCUAGAGUUUACAAGACUCUAUUACAAGGUGGAAAAUUCGACAAGAAUGAAAAGAAAGUCGUGGUAACUGAUCCGGAACUGUCCAAGCAAUCGGCUGAGAAGUUGUGGAAGGCUAUUCAAUCGCACGCAGUGAAGCUGGCCAAGUCAUCGGGUACAUUCAUUAUCGCUGAACUUGUUGAGGCUGUUGUUGCUAACGGAUUGGAUAGUAUUAAAGAGGAAAUAGUGAAUGAGUUUGAUGGUCCUCAACGCGAUGAAAUCAAACAUUCUGAAGCUAAAGGGAAUGGGGUUCUGUUAGAGAAACUUGAUAAACUUGAUUAG